AAAAAAAAAAUUCCAAAAAAGAAUGUUUAUAGCGCAACAAAACAACCAAUUACAGCUUCUCUAAAUCAUUGUUUUCUAUAUCUAUAGAUUCUACAUAUGUAUACAUUUCUGGCCUAAUUUGUACUUAUUUAUGUUGCAUUUUCAAUUUAGGGUUUGAAUGAAAAAGUUUUAAUCUUUUCAAGUUUCAGCAAUGAUUUGAUGAUUAUCUUGAUAUGGGUCAGUUGUAUCUAUCUAUAUGUAUAUGAAUUCAAGAAUCUAGUCUAGUGUUCCAAGAUUCUUGAAUGGGUUCUGGGUUUCAUAACCAACAAUUAUCUGGGCUGAACCCACAUAUUGUUUGUUUUCAAUCUAGUGUUAGAGAUAGUAAAUCUGAUAUGAUUAAAAUUGGGGGUGAUUAUAGUACUAGUAGUACUAGCUCAACUGGUUUCACAGGAAUUGGGAAUUCUUGUGAUUCUAUCGUUGUCGAUUCGGGCACUAUCGAAUCGAGAAACCACCAUCGAGGAGGUUUGGCUGUUGAAUGGUCUGUUGAAGAACAACAUAAGCUUGAACAAGCAUAUCAAAAAUAUGCUGAUGAACCUGGUAUCAUAAGGUAUGUGAAGAUUGCAGCCACAUUGCGUAAUAAAACUGUUCGUGAUGUUGCACUUCGUUGUCAGUGGAUGACGCGAAAACGAAGGAAACACGAGGACUUGAAUUUGUGGAAGAAGUCAAUGGAUAAGAAGGAUAAACCCGUGGAAUCAUCCUUAACACCAGGUGUAUCAUCAGUUUCAACUAUUAAUGUGAUUCCGUUUUCAGUUUCCGUGAAUCAUCAAGUCCGGGGUGGUGGUAUUAAUAUUGAUGCAUUACAAGACUCAAUAAGGCAACUGUUGCAACAGAACAACCAAGUUCUUGGCCAGAUUUCAACUAAUAUUUGUGCACUAAAGCUGCAGGAUAACAUCAGCCUCUUUAGUCAGACAAAGAACAAUAUAACUGCCAUCUUAAAUGAUAUGAGAUGCUUGCCUGGGUCGCCACUGCCAGUAUCACUAAAUGAGGAUCUUGCUAAUAGGAUUCUGUCCUUCAAAAGUCAGACAAUGAUGUUCCCAUCAAGUAGAAUGAAUAUGAAAAAAGAACCAGGGAGUUGGUGAGAGGCACGAUUUCUUCAGUUUUAGUUUUCUCCAAGUACAAAGUCAAGCCUGACAAAAAGUCAUCGGGUAACAAGUUUUUGCCCUUCGACUCUAUGUUUAUUAAGAACAGUAGUUUAUAGGGAGUAUUGGGGUUUUUUUCUAUGAAACUGUAUUGGUUGCCUAUUUGUAUCUGAACCCACAAUAAGAAAGUUUCUAGAACUUCAUUUUCAAAGAGCUAAGAGUGUUUAGCUUGCUGCUUUCCUUAGGGAACAAAAUUAAAACUGUAUCUGAGUGAUGAUUAGCAAGUGAAUAGUUAUCAUCA